AUGGCCUUUGAGCCCUUACCAAUGUCUCAAUUAACAGAUUCCUUAAAAAACCUCAAAAUGUUUAUAGAUACAUUCAAAAGAUCUUCAAACGUUGGCCCAUUUCGGUAUAAUUACAAGAUCUACAACGACGUCGUUUCACAUCUUGCAAAAUCUAGACAACAUGCCUACAUUGAAGAAAUCCUCGAACAUCAAAAAAGAUACAAAACGGAAAUGACCCAUGAGUCCUUUGUCGCUCGUUUGAUAUCUUUGUAUGGAAAAGCAAGAAUGUUUGAUCAUGCACGUAAGGUGUUUGAUGAAAUGCCUGAACUAAAUUGUCCGCGGACUGUUUUGUCUGCUAACGCGCUACUUAAUGCGUGUAUUAACUCGAAAAAGGUUGAUAAAAUGCCUGAGUUGUUUAGAGAACUGAAAGAGGUUGUUGGGAUUGAGCCGGAUGAAGUGUCGUAUAAUGUUAUGAUCAAAGCGUUAUGUGAGAUGGAAGAUUGCGAUUUCGCGUUGAAAAUGAUUGAUGAGAUGGAGAUGAAUGGAUGUGAGUGUAGUUUGUAUACGUAUAAUACGAUUAUUGUUGCUUUAUAUGCAAAGGGGUUAGUAUCGGAUGGUGAUAAGUUAUGGGAGGUGAUGAGAGGGAAGAAUAUUGAACCGGAUGUAUGGACUUAUAAUGCUAAAGUGCGUGGAUUGAUUGUUGAUAAACGAAUCGAUGAAGCUGUUCAAUUGAUCAAUGAGAUGAAAGGUAAUGGGGUGACGCCAGAUGUGUAUACUUAUAACGGUCUGAUUCAUGGUUUUGUUAAAGAGGAUGAUUUGGUGGGAGUCAAGAAAUGGUAUGCAGAAAUGGUGGAAAAUAAGAUUGUUCCUGACUUGGUAACGUUUAGGAUCAUUAUCAAUUUUGCUUCUAAAAGAGCGGAUUACCGAUAUGCAUAUGAGCUGAGCAGGACGAGUUUGCUUCGGGAACUGAACGUUAGUAGAUCAAGUUUGCAGGGUGUGGUGGAUGGAUUAGUAAAGGAGUCGGCGAUUGAUGAAGCAAAGGAGCUUGUGGAACUUGUUAAUAAGCAAAGUAAUCUGCUAUAUUAUAAGCUUAAGUUGUCUGUUAAUUAG